AUGGGGGAUUGGGAAAAUUCUGGAAACCCCCCCAAGGAACAGGAGGAGGAGGAGGAGGAGGAGGAAGAGCUGGACCCCCGGAUCCAGGAGGAGCUCGAGCACCUGAACGAGGCCAACGCUGAAAUCAACAGAGGGGAGCUGGAGCUGGAUGCCGCCCGGUGCCGCUAUCGCCGCAUCCUCUCGGAUUCCGCGCGGAAAUUGAACUCGCAGGGCUCGCAGCUGGGGACCUGCAUCGACAGAGCCCGGCCCUACUACGAGGCCAGGAGGAGAGCCAAGGAGGCCCAGCAGGAGACGCAGCGGGCGGCGCUGCGCUACGAGCGGGCGGUGGGGAUGCACAACGCGGCGCGGGAGAUGGUGUUCGUGGCGGAGCAGGGCAUGGGCACCGGCAAGAACCGCCUGGACCCCACCUGGCAGGAGAUGCUCAACCACGCCACCAGGAAGGUGAACGAGGCGGAGCAGGAGCGGCUCUGGAGCGAGAGGGAGCACCAGAGGGUGACCAGGCUGUGCCAGGAGGCCGAGGCCGAGGUGCAGCGGCUGCAGAAAUCCCUGCGGCGCGACAUCGCCCGCAGCCGGCCCUACUUCGAGCUCAAGGCCCAGUUCAACCAGAGGCUGGAGGAGCACAAAUCCCGCGUGAAUUCCUUGGAAUCCUCCGUGGCCCAGGCCAAGCUCCGUUAUUCCGUCGCCCUUCGGAAUCUGGAGCAGAUCAGCGAGGAGAUUCACGCCCGAAGAUUCCAGAGAAUUCUCCGGAAAAAACAACGGGAAAAUCCUCUGGGGGCUGAGGGGGGUGCUCAGAACCUCGAAAUUCCGGGAGAAAUGGGAAAAAUUCCGGGAGAAAACGGAAAAAUUCCGGGAGAAAUCGCGAAAAUUCCCGAUGAAAUCAGCGGGAAAAUUCCGGCAGAAAUCGGAAAAAAUUCUGGAAUUCCUGGGGAAAUGGAAAUUCCUGGAGAAAUGGGAAUUCAGGGAGAAAUUCCUAGCAAAAUUCCUGGUGAAAUCAGAAUUUCAGGAGAAAUUCCAGGCAAAAUUCCUGGGGAAAACCGUGGAAUUUCUGCUGAUGUCAGCAGAAUUUCUGGUAAAAUUCCUGGUGAAAUCUGUGGAAUUCCUGGCAAAAUUCCUGGUGAAAUUCAUGGAACUCUUGGAAUUUCUGGUGAAAUCCAUGGAAUUUCAGGAGAAAUCAGUAAAAUUCCUGGUGAAAUCCGUGGAAUUCCUGGCAAAAUUCCCGGUGAAAUCCAUGGAAUUUCUGCUGAUGUCAGCAGAAUUUCUGGUGGAAUUCCUGGGCAAAUCCAUGGAAUUUCUGCUGAAAUCAGCAGACUUCCUGGCAAAAUUCCUGGUGAAAUUCCUGAAAUUCAUGAUGAAAUCCGUGGAAUUCCCGGCGAGAUCCGCCAAAAUCCCGAUGAAAUCGACGGAAUUCCCGGCGAAAUCCGCGGAAUUUCUGCUGAUGUCAGCAGAAUUCCUGGUAAAAUUCCUGGUGAAAUCCAUGGAAUUCCCGGUGGAAUUCUUGGUGAAAUCCAUGGAAUUCCUGACAAAAUCCGUGGAAUUCCCGGAAUCAACGACGCCAUCGCCAAAAAUCUCGGAAUUUCCGACCAAAUCCGCGGAAUUUCCGACGCCGCCGUCCCCGGAUUUUCCGGCGACGAUUCCGCCGUUCCGUCGGGAAUUUCCGAUUCCGGGGAUUCUCUGUCGGUUCUGAGCCUCCAAACCAUCGCCUCGGAUCUGCAGAAAUUCGAUUCCGUGGAACAUUUGGCGGCGAUUCCGGGGAUUUCGGGAAUCGCCGACGCGUUGAGCCUGCACAGCGAGGAGUUGGGAGAGGAGAGGGAAAAACGGGGCCGGAGUUUCCGGCAUCACCGGAGCGUCAGCCUCUGAUUUUUGAAAUUUUUUUGGGAUUUUGGGGGAUUUUUUGGGAUUUUUUGGGGGUUUUUGGGGAUUUUUUUGGG